UUGAUGUUCUUAUAAUGAACGUGAAUAAGAAAAGACUACUUAAAGAAGAUUUGGAAAAAUCUUGCCAGGAUUUAGCUUUAUUUUUGUUAGGAAAAAUUUUGGUUCGUAAAAUUGACAAUGAUACUAUUUUAAAAGGACGAAUUGUAGAAACUGAAAGUUACUUAGGAGGUGAAGAUAAAGCAUCACACUCUUACAAUGGCAGGCGAUCGGAGGCAAAUGAGCCUAUGUAUAUGCCCGCUGGAACUUGUUACGUUUAUAUGACCUAUGGAAUGUACCAUUGUUUUAAUAUUUCAAGUUUGGAACCAGGUGCAGCAGUUUUAUUGAGAGCAUUAGAGCCUGUUUGUGGUUUAGAUGUUAUGGAAAAAUUUAGAGCUGCAAAAUCAAAAUCUCCUAAAUCAUUUAAACCUCUUAAGUUAUGCGAUGGUCCAUCAAAAUUAUGCAUUGCCUUGAAUAUAACUAAAGAUAUUAACAAACUGGACUUGACAGAUCAAAAAAAUGAUGUAUUGUGGCUGGAAGUUGACCCUGCAUUCAAUGAAGAUUUCAAAGUGAUUCAUUCGGCAAGAAUAGGAAUUAAUAGGGCCGAAGAAUGGAACACAAAACCACUGAGAUUUUACAUUUUGAAUCAUGAGAGUGUUAGCAAAAGGGAUAAAGCUGCAGAACAGAAAUAUAAACAAGCUACUUAAGUUUUUGUACUUCAUAUUUGAGAUUAAAGAAUUAAAGAAGAAUUUUAUAGUCUCUAGCUACUGAAAAGUAGGUUAAAUAAAAACAUGUUUUAACUGUCUUACUGAUUAAGUUGGAAUUUGUGAUAUUUGUACUAAACACACUGUUUACACUACCACUACACCAGCACUCACAAUUACACUGUCUGUCUGUCUCUUCAGAGACUGUUUACCAGUUUACCUUCACUCUCUGAAGAUGGUAACGAAACGUACGUCAGAUAGUGUAAACAGUGUGUUCAGUAUGUUUUACUGUUGCUU